UCUGAUCUGACCAGACCGCGCAGAUUAGCUUUGGCAUGUUAGCAUACGCCAUUUUCAAGUAUGGCGCCGCACGGAUCAUUUGUUUGGAAAGGCAAAAAUGCCACUAUUACGUCUAAUUCUUGCACGUUUUACGAUAAACCCGUCGUCAAUGUGGCGUGAUUAGAGGCGACGCCGUGAAAUGUGUGAAACUGCGCUGCUUUUUACGCCGCAAAGUGGCAACAGCGGGUACCUGGUCAAGUUCUCUGUGAAACAUUGUUCCAAGUGACUCUGUAACUUUGUAACUCCUCUGGUGACAACUGAAGUAGAAACAUUGAGAAUGCCCUCUUGCGCUGCAAGAAACUGCACUAGCCUCAGUACACUUGAAGGGUGUAAGGGUGUGCGCCUGCAUCGAUUUCCUUUAAAACAAAACGACAGGCUUCAGCUCUGGCUACAAAGGAUUGGACGGCCUGACUGGACACCUAAAGCUGGCUCGAGGUUGUGCUCCAUCCACUUUGAGGAGGACUGCUUUUACACUACCCCUGAUGGCCGAGUGCAUCUGAAGGACACAGCUGUGCCCUCCAUCUCCUCCCCCUCAGAAAGCCUGCGAAAGAAAAAGACGAAAGGAAGGAAAAAGAGACGUCAAGUGAAAACGCAUGAUCAGGGAUGUCAGACUGAUCUAGCAGAUCAUACUUACUGUAGAACGCAAGCUGUCCCAGAUCCAGUACAUCACAGCCAUACCGUAGUACCUGCUCCCUCCGAUGUCGCUGUAGGUGCCCUCUCUCAAAAUGAUGGCUCUGAAAUGCAGGGUGGUUGGGAUCAUUGCAAUACUGAAAAUGCAUGGGAAGAGCUAGCCCAUUUACAAAUUAAGGUAAUUAAGGUAGAGGACUUGCCAGAGAUAGAUGACAAUACAGCGGAGGAACAGGGAUUGGAGCAGCCGAGCAGUGACCGUGUUGAACAUGACCACUGCUAUCUCCACAGUGGCAUAUCAUCUGGAUCAGCGGAUCACUCAUACAUGGUAGCCGACUCGCCCAGAACACUCAAACGUAAGCUGGAUGCAGCGCAAAGAAAACUUCAACAGUGCCGCAAACGGAUCAAGUUGCAGGGUGAAACAAUAAACAGGCUAAAACGUAAAGUCACUUCUCUGUCCGCGGUCAUCUUGGAGCUCAAACAGAAAUCCCUGAUCUCCUCUGAGUGUGCAGAGGUGCUUGAGGGCUCCAUUUCUGGGGUGCCAUGGGAAGUUCUGUUUAGAGUGAGUAGGAACAAAAAAUCUCACAGAAUAUCCAACGAGUUAAGAACGUUUGCAAAUGCCCUGCAUUUCUACUCUGCUAAAGCUUACGAAUACGUCUGUCAGUCCUUCAACCUCGUCUUGCCACAUCCACAAACAAUCCGCGACUCGCACAACUCUGUGGAAGCUGAUCCUGGUAUUACCAAGGCUUCCUUCAGGGCGCUUCAGUGCCAUGCAGAAGACAAUAACAGACAGGGUAAAGACACCAUAUGUGCUUUAAUGAUGGACGAAAUGUCAAUCAGGAAACAAACAGAGUUUGUCUGUUAAUGAAUCAUGGAAGACCCCUUUUGGCUACUUCUUAAUCAGUGGCAUGACUGGAGAAGAAAGGGCUGAUAUGAUGAGGGAGAGGGAGUGUCGUUGCCAGCUACAUUCUGUUGGUGUUCAGGUGGUGUCACCUUUUGCAUGUUCAGGGAACUUGGAGCCAAACUAGCAGUCCCAAACAUGCAGCCAUUUUCUCCCCUCACCCUGUUGACCCUUCACAAAAAGUGAAAGUGCUUCUGGAUGCCCAUCUUAUGUUGAAACUUAUCAGAAAUGCUUGGGGUGAUAUUCAAAACCCAAAUUGGGGGGCAAAUCAAAUCGCAAUACCUUGAGGAGCUUAAGCGGUUGCAAGAAAAGGAGGGCCUCCGAUUAGGAAACAAAAUUAAGAUGGCACACAUGCAGUGGUAGAAACAAAAAAUGAAGGCGAACCUGGCAGCUCAAUCCCUCAUUGGCAUCGUUGCUCUAAAGGACAGAGGUGGCCUCUGCAAGCCAUCAUUGGAUACUGUUACAGUAUGCCGAAACACGGAGUUACAUUUCCAACAACUUCUUAAAAUCACCGAUGGUCAGCCUCUAAGGGGACCUGGCACAACAUCUGCCAUUGUAAACAAAGUUCUUGCCACCUUCUCUGAUCAGAGCUCUCUCAGUUGCACAACUACAUGUUUGACUCCACUGUAGAAUGCAACCACAUUCAUUUGCUGGUGAAAAUGGUGUCCUCCUUGUUCUGCAGAAUACAUCUCCCAUCACCUGGCAAUAAGACAAACAGAGAAAAUCAUGGAGUAAUCAGAGAGUAACAGUCUUACACUAGCCCACUGUACCAGUCAGCUGCACAAAACAUUUCCCUCUCUUUGCAACAGGUAGUGAUUUUCUUUUACAAUAAACUCUGUGAAACAAA